AAUCGACGUUAACGACAGAAGACAGAACACAGAACAGAACAAUAAAGAUGGACGAUAUAUUUGAAAAAUGAUAUCAAAACAGAAAUUUUUAAACGAGAAUUAUAGGAAAAAUAUUCAUUAAUUUCAGAUCCCGUAAUUUUUAUAUCAUUUUACAUUAUGGAAUCUAACAUUGAAAUUAAGAAAGAGUCUGUUGAAAGUGCUCAAAGACACAUAGAGAAUCAGCUAUCCAUUUCAACCGAUAGUGGAGACGGAGACUGGAAGAGAGGACCAGAAGGAAACCUAGGUAGGGCUGUCAAAACUGAAAUUAAGGAUGAAUUUGUUGAAGGUGAUCCAAGAUAUGAAGAGAGUCAGGUAUCCACCUCCCUUAAUCAGAAGAACUUGAAGAGUGAAGGACAUGAGUGCAACUUAGGUAAGGCCGUCAAAACUGAAAUUAAGGAUGAAUUUGUUGAAGGUGAUCCAAGAUAUGAAGAGAGCCAGGUAUCCCCGUCCCUUAAUCAGAAGGACUUGAAGAGUGAAGGACAUGAGUACAACUUAGAUAUGAUAGUGAAAGCAGAAAUUAGAGACGAGUUGCUUGAAGAUGAUCCAAGAUCCAUAGAGAAUCAGCUGUCUACCUCCCUUGAUCUUGGAGAGUUCAAAAACGAAGAUAUUGCAGGUUUUACUGAGGAGGAGAAUAAAUCCAAACAUACGGAGACUUUUAUUGAACAUUCAUUCCAUAAAAGAGACUAUAGAAGUCAACACGCUGAAGAAAAAACUGUAAAUAAAACUAGAAAAGUUCACAUUAGACAGGGACCUUACAAGUGUGAAAUUUGUUCAAAACAGUUUAGUGAAGCAGGUUCUUUGAAAACACAUUUGAAAGUGCACACUGGCGAAAAACCUUACAAGUGUGAUAUUUGUUUUAAGCAGUUUACUAGAGGAAGUGAUUUGAAAGAACAUUUGAGAGUGCACACUGGGGAAAAGCCUUAUAAGUGUGAAGUGUGUUUUAAGCAGUUUAGCCAAGCAGGUAAAUUGAAAAGACAUUUGAGAGUACACACUGGCGAAAAACCUUACAAGUGUGAGAUUUGUUUUAAGCAGUUUAGUGAAGCAUGGAAUUUAAAAACACAUUUGAGAGUACACACUGGCGAGAAACCUUACAAGUGUGAAAUUUGUUCAAACCAGUUUAGUGAAGCCAGUUCUGUAAAAAAACAUCUGAGAGUGCACACUGGGGAAAAGCCUUAUAAGUGUGAAAUUUGUUCAAAACCGUUUAGUGAAGCAGGGUCUUUGAAAACACAUUUGAAAGUGCACACUGGCGGAAAACCUUACAAGUGUGAGAUUUGUUUUAAGCAGUUUACUAGAGGAAGUGAUUUGAAAGAACAUUUGAGAGUGCACACUGGGGAAAAGCCUUAUAAGUGUGAAGUGUGUUUUAAGCAGUUUAGCCAAGCAGGUAAAUUGAAAACACAUUUGAGACUACACACUGGCGAAAAACCUUACAAGUGUGAGAUUUGUUUUAAGCAGUUUACUAGAGGAAGUGAUUUGAAAGAACAUUUGAGAGUGCACACUGGGGAAAAGCCUUAUAAGUGUGAAGUGUGUUUUAAGCAGUUUAGUCAAGCAGGUUCUUUGAAAGCACAUUUGAGAGUGCACACUGGGAAAACGCCUUAUAAGUGUGAAAUUUGUUUUACGCAGUUUACUAGAGGAAGUGAUUUGAAAGCACAUUUGAGAGUGCACACUGGGAAAAAGCCUUAUAAGUGUGAAAUUUGUUUUAAGCAGUUUACUAGAGGAAGUGAUUUGAAAAAACAUUUGAGAGUGCACACUGGGGAAAAGCCUUAUAAGUGUGAAAUUUGUUUUACGCAGUUUACUAGAGGAAGUGAUUUGAAAGAACAUUUGAGAGUGCACACUGGGGAAAAGCCUUAUAAGUGUGAAAUUUGUUUUAAGCAGUUUAGCCAAGCAGGUAAUUUGAAAGCACAUUUAAGAGUGCACACUGGGGAAAAGCCUUAUAAGUGUGAAAUUUGUUCAAAACAGUUUGGUAACGCAUGUAAUUUAAGAGCACAUUUGAGAGUGCACACUGGAGAAAAAGUUUACAAGUGUGACAUUUGUUUUAAGCAGUUUGCUACAAGAAGUCAUUUGAAAAGACAUUUGAGAAUGCACACUGGGGAAAAACCUUGAAGUGUGAAAUUUGUUCAAAACAGUUUAGUGUAGCAUGGAAUUUAAAAACGCAUUUAAGAGUGCACACUGGAGAACAGUCUUACGAGUGUGAAAUUAUUUGUUUUAAGCAAUUUAUUCAAGCAGGUAAUUUGAAAUCACAUUUAAGAACGCACACUGGGGAAAACCUCACAAUUGUGAAUUUUGUUCAAAACAGUUUAGUGAAGCAUGGAACUUAAAAACACAUUUGAUGUUUCACACUGGAGAAAAACUUUACAAGUGUGAAAUAUGUUUUAAGCAGUUUACUACAACAAGUGAUUUGAAAAAGCAUGUAAGAGUGCACACUGGAGACACCCCUUACAAGUGUGAAGUUUGUUUUAAGCAGUUUAGUCAAGUAGGUUCUUUGAAAACACAUUUGAUAGUGAACACUGGCGAAAAACCUUACAAGUGUGAGAUUUGUUUUAAGCAUUUAACUAAAGCAAGUCAUUUGAAAAGACAUUUGAGAGUGCACAAUGGGGAAAAACCAUAGUGUAAAAUUUAUUCAAAACAGUUAAGUGACGCAUGUAACUUGAAAACACAUUUGAGAGUGUACACUGCAGAAAAAUAUAAGUGUGAAAUUUGUUUUAUACAGUUUAUUACAGCAAGUAAUUUGAGAGUACAUUUGAGCAUGCACACUGGAGAAAACUCACAAAUGUGAAAUUUGUUUUAAGCAGUAUAGUCAAGCAAGUCAUUUGAAAAUACAUUUGAGUUAACACGCCGAUAUACAAAUCAAGUUUGAGAUUUGUUUGAAGAGGUUUCAUGAAACGGGGCAUCUGAAAAAACAUUUAAGAAAAUAUACAGGAGAGAAAUCUUACAAGUUUGACAUUUGUUAAAAGCAAUUUAUUACCAAAAGACAUUUGAAAGUACACAUCAGUGGCGUGCGGUGACUUUUUCUAAAGGGGAAGCGAUUCAAUAAGGAUAUAAAAAUAUUUUCUUAAGAGUUGAGGGUCGAGCCACUUCCCACCUGAUAACACUCUGAUGCGCUAUAGGGGCUCUCUAUCAGCAAAGUGCUUAUGUGAGACGUCCUGGGUACAAGGAGUGACACACUAAAUCCUACCCCGAUCAAUGCGUGAGGCACUCUAUUGCCGCUAUUUCUAGUGACUAUAGUGACCUAUCAUUGAUCUGUAUUGCUUGCUCGGGCCUUAAGUCCUCGCUCCGGGCUUCGUUUCCUAAAGAAGAGAUCUAUUUAAAUGGUUUUUUUUAAUUCCGAGGCAUUUUCCACAACACACAACUUUCAACAAUAUGACACUUAUUUAUACUUGAGCUCUAUUCUCCUAUCAACUUCUGAUAAUUGUUGAAUUCGGUCUUUUUCAAUGGACUUGUAAAGUCUGUCUUCGCUUGUUGAAUUUCUUGUAAAACUUUUAAUGCAUUUUAAUACUGAAAAACUUCGUUCAACUGAUGCACUUGUGACUGGGAUAGUUUGUAGUAAUUCACACAACUUGGACACUUCACACAGGGCCUUUUUAAAACCAGUAGUUAUAAGAAAUACCCAGAUUUCUGAGUAUAUCUUUAUCACUGAUUUGAGUUGUUUCAUAAACAACACUGGCCUAUCAAAAUAUUUUCAUUAUUGAAUCGUAGUGAAAUAAAUUCCUCUGUGGGAAAUUUUGAUGAAUUAUAAUUAGAAAUAUUAAAUAGAAUAUAUUAUAUAAUUCUACAAAUUUUAAUUCGUUAAAAUUUUGAAAGCGAAAAUUCAUUUUUUGUAGAAUGUUAUCAAAAGGUCUCUCUGUUGUCGACAUUAUCAAUCUUCAUUCUUUUUCUUUCAUGUUCAAACCCCAUAUUUUCAGUUUUAUCCCAAAUAUUUUUAAACUGCUCUCGUUUUUUCAUUAUCGUAUUAAUAAAGUCAUCAAUUUGUCUUAUACAAAAUGCAAUGUCAAUUGACUUCAUCUGUAAAAUGUCAAAUAAAAGAUCAGUAAAAGGAAAAAUCUCUGCAAAAAAUUUAAAUCGAAAUAUUCUUUAAGCGAAUGUAUGUACCUAAGCACCCCUUAGAAGCAGUAACAGUCAGAGCAUCCCACUCUUGGAAGGCGAUCGAACGAUCGCUUCUGCAGGGUACAAAAAUUCGCGCGGCUAGUGGGUGCCGUCAUUGAACCCUGACCAAUUUUUUGAGAUUGUGAGAUGCGCUUCUUUCAGGGGUGGACCGAGUAGUUGAAUUGUAUGCAGAGUGCAUAUUGAGUUUCUUCCUAUGCGAUUAAUUUUUAAUAUUUUUCAAUGCCUAUUGCCUAGGUAAUAAUAUGUCGAUUACUGGGAUUGGGGAAAAUUUUUGAUAAUUAAAUAUUAGUUAAUAAUGUAUUUUGUUAUAUUUUCGUAUAUAAUAGGGAGGCGGUGCUUCCCCCGCUUCCAUGGACCGCACGCCUCUGGUACACACUGUACAAAAACUUUGGGAAUGCACGGUCUUUUGUCCCCAGAAAGGGUCGAGGGACAUUGCUAGAUUCUUUCAUGAAAGCAACGAAAAACGGACGGUACCGUCAGGGUCACGAAAACCGAUGCUAACAACUAUUUGAGUGGCUCAGUUACAUACUUGCCUAAGCCACAUUUUCAUUAUAAGUCAGAAAGUUGAUGUAAAGUAAAUUGGCGAUCAUAAAAAAAGCACUCGAUGUAGAAACAUUUUAAUUUAUUUUGUAAAUGAACAAGAUAUUACUUUAACUAAAAGUUAUACAAAGAAAAAUUAAAUAUGAACGUGUGAAUCAUACUUUUGCUAAGAACCUGUAGGAAACUUUGGCGCUAACACUAACUUUAAAAUAAGUAAUACAGUUGUUGGCUAGGCAACGAUAAAGUAGGUCGAUAAAUUAUUUUAUUAAUCAUUUUCAACGUCAGAGUCAAUUGAAUCUCCAGUUGGUUCUUCAAUGAUUUCUGAUUGAAGCGAUCUAUAAAGAUUGUGAUGUUCUGGAGGUAUAUAUUUAAGAAGAUCUAUUAAAUCUUUCUUUUUUUUUCUUUGUAAUAGGUCGUCCAUGGGGAUACAACAAUGGUAGCUCAAGAGGCAAAUCAGUAAUUACAGGUCUACCACGACCAACUCUUUUUAUUAAAUCAAGUUUACUAAAGAGAUCAUCAUUUUCGACACAAUUGUAUUUAUAGUACCUACAUCGUCUUGGGCUCCUUUUUGCGUAGUUGUAUCUAUCUGAUUUUGAGCCAUUCUACUUUUUCUUUUUCUACAGAUAUUUUUCUGUAAGUUAUGGACUCUUCCAAAAUUCUUGUAGUAAAAAAGUGAUCUGCUGUCAUCUGAUGCACAACAAAUUUUGGUGUUUUCUUUUUAGCCUUUUUAAUUACAUUCAUCCAAUCAUUUGGAUGAAAAAUUUGAGGAUCAUACGUACAUCAUCGGUACAUUGAAUCAAUGUAUCGGUACAUUAAUUCUUAACUAAAAAGUACAUUGAACGAACGUACUAAUUCAUAAAAAAUAAUGUUUUUGAGCAUUAGUUAAUGUAUCUACUUACAUUGGACCAACGAUAUUGAUCAUUGGACGAAAAUUAAUGCUCCCCGUUGUUGAAUCAAUGUUUUUUUCAUUAUAUUUACGUACUUUUUUGGUUCAGUGAAUGUCAUCUUCAUGUAUAUUUGUAUAUAACAUACAAAUAAUUAAUAAGUAAACAAAAUGACGACUUAAUAUCUACAUAAAUAUUACAAAUAUAGGUUGAAGCAACGAUUUUUUGCCGAUUCUCAAACUAAUAUUAAGUAUCUAUAAGUUUAAAGAAAAAAAAACAUAUAUUUUUAAUUAACACAAACAACUUUUUAUAAUGGUAUUUGGAAAAAAACUGAAUAACUAAAUAUAACAGAAAUUGAUUCUUCUUAUAAAAUAUAUAAAAAAUGUAUACCUGAUAUCGUGAAAAUAAAUACAUCUACAAUAACAUCUCCACAAAUACAUCUCUCUGGGAUUAAUUAUCACCACCCAUACAAAAAACAAAUGGUUGAAUGGCAUUUUUCUUUGAUUUUAAAAAUCUAAUAUGAUCUUCGACUUCUUGCUGGGUCUUCCCGAUGUAAGAAUGAUUACUGUAAAUCUCUGAUGGGAUAUUUUAUUAGUUCGUACAAGAUAUCGAUGUAGAACCCAAAGAAUAACUGCAUGUUAGCCAUCUAAAAUUUAUAUUAAUAAUUAUUACAAAAAAAUAAAUCUAAAUAUUGAACAUAGUUGUAUUUUUGGGUAUCACUGUUAUUUAUAGAAAUAUUUUAAUUUAUCCUGAAAAAAAUUGCUAGAUGUUGAUAUGUUUAUUUUUACUUUGAUAGAUACUACCGACUGCAAGA